AAUCCCCCGCCAAAGAGCGCAAUCCGUGCCAGGAAAGUUGAGGAGCUGAAAUCCGGGUUGAAGGCCCAGCGAUCGUUCUUCACAAAACAUGCUGCUCAAAAUAAGGCUGAUAUUGAAGCAUCAUUUUGUCCCGUGUUGUACUCAUACUUCAGGAGUUCCUGCUCAUGGAGGGUGCGAAUUGCUCUUGCCUUCAAAGGAAUCGCGUACGAACAGGUCGCUGUCAACUUGGUGAAAGAUGGAGGACAGCAGUACGCUGAUUCGUUCAAGAAGCUUAAUCCCAUGAAGCAGGUGCCAGCGCUCUCCAUCGAUGGGAUUGUCCUCUCCCAGUCGAUGGCCAUAAUUCAUUACCUGGAAGAGACUAGACCCAAUCCACGGCUGUUGCCCGCUGAUCCCAAGAAACGUGCCCAAGUCCGCAUGAUCUCUGAUCUCAUUACCUCUGGGAUCCAGCCCCUACAGAACCUGGGUGUGCUGCAAAGGGUAGGAGAAGAGAAGAAGCUAGACUGGGCCCGACACUUCAUCAUCAACGGGCUGCAGGCUCUAGAGUGUCUCCUGCAACAGGUGUCAGGACGAUAUUGUGUCGGUGAUGAGGUGACGAUGGCAGACCUGUGUCUGGUCCCACAGGUGUACAAUGCGGUGAGGUAUAAGGUGGAUAUGGCUCCAUUUCCUACCAUUUCAAAGAUCAACAAAUCCCUCCUGGAACUAGAGCCAUUCAAAGUCAGUCACCCCUCCUGCCAACCUGACUCUCCUCCAGGACCAUGAAUCAAGCAGCAAGGGUUUUGGUCACACUUUGAACCAUAUUGACACCUACAGCUGACAAAUUAAGAACUGCAAAUUAUACCAAUCAGUGGACUAUCAACUUCUCUCCAUUUUCACUUUUUUUUAAUUAAAAGAUGAAUAAAUUUAAAGAUUGAAAUUACCUCUGUUU